CGCAAGGAAGCUGGCGGUCAGGAAACACGCGAUAAAUAAAACACAUGUGUACACAUUAAAUACAUAUAACGGUCGGUAUUAUAAUUCUUAUUUUGACGGAUUUUCCCGAACAGUUGUAUUUUAUAUCGCGUGACAUUAACACGCGUAAUUUUGACGUGAACCGACAUCAUAAGGCAUUAAAAAAUUCUUGGUCUGCAAGUAUUUUUUGCACCAAACUGUGUGUUGUGAUUUCUUCUCACUCGUUUUUGUUGACAUACAUUAUACUAUUUAUCUUAAAAUGAGGCGAAUCCGUGGGAUUAAUUUGAUCUCAUUUUGCGCACUCGUGUUGUUUGUUGAUAAUAACGGUGUAACGGAAGGUCACAGUGUGAAAGAUUUUUUCAAAGCUUUACGUGGGCUGUCGCAAAUUAAAAACCUUCGACAUGGAAUUCUCCCAGGUACGCUUUGGUGUGGCCGGGGAAAUAUUGCUCGUAAUGAUUCCGAAUUGGGUGUGUACGACGAAAUGGACACGUGUUGCAGAACGCACGAUCGUUGUAAGGAUUCCAUAAACCCUAAAGCUACAAAAUACGGACUGUAUAACAAAUACAUUUGCAGAAGCUCGUUAUGCGAGUGCGAUUUGCAAUUUUACGAUUGUUUGAUGCGAGUACAUGGCCUGUAUGCGUCCACCGUGGGAAAGAUAUAUUUUAAAAAAUGCAAGCAGUGCUUCCGUACCUAUUACGAUUCUGAGGAAUGCAUAAGAGAGGGUCUCGAUAUAAACGAGGAGCCGGAUCGUAAGGGCCGUCGCGUUUUCUGCGCAAAGUUUGACCAAAAUCCAAAAUGGGAGGAGCAUCGACACAAGGCCACUUCGCCGAGAUCGAUCUACAUCGACGAACUUUUAAACUGGCCUGAUGAUGGAGCCGCGCAAUUCGAUUCACAAUCCUAUUUCGCAAACGAUAGAAAAUAUUCCGUCGAUGAAGAAGACGCUAUGAAAGCUAUCGAAGAUAAUUAUUAAUGCAUUUUGAUGUCGUAUUUUACGCUCGCAGAUUCGCCAAAAUUAACAGGUAACGAGUUGUGAUUUUUUUCAGCAGAUUAUUUGAAAAUUCAAUCUGGAGUAUUAAAAUAUCAAGAUAAAUAAUGCCAGAUUAUACAUACAUUUUUAAUAUAUAAUUUUAUAUUUAAUAAAAAUCUCUUUAUUCAAGACAAAUUUUCUACUCAAU